AUGAGAUCAUCACCACCGUCGCUCGGCUUCUGGUCGUCGCUCGCCACUUCCUUAGGUUUAUCCUCUGCUUCUUAUUCCCCUGACCAUCAUCGUCCUUCUUAUCGUGGCGGCGGCGGCGGCAACAGUAGCAGCUUUUAUUCUUCUUCGACCGCUUCGGCUUCGACUUCGCAUUUGUAUUCGACUUCAGCGCCAGCCACCGACGUAAACACCACUGUUUCCUCCAAUAAUAACAACAUCCUCUACUACUCCACCGACUCCGGUUCCUCUUCAAGACCGCGCACUCGCGACUCUUCCUCCUCCCUCUCCCCCUCCUCUCUCACCACUUCGUCCUCUCUGACAAUGCGCUACACAAACGAAGAUCGUCUUCGCCGCGAACAACCCAACCCUCAACUCCCCGGCGAAGUCCCCUCCAAACGUCCUCAAUGCUACUGUCCACCUUAUCCGCACCGAAAUCCUUCUCACAUCUCCGGCUCUACCUUCAAACUCACAAAAUAUUUCACAAAAUACCUUUUCGGCGCCGAUAGCGACUCCGAGGAAGACGACUAUGACGAUGCUGGCAAUUACAUCUCUCGCCCGACCGAGAAUUCUCCAAAGCUCUUCAAGUCCUUACCAGCAGAGAUAUUAGGCCAAAUUCUCGACGAUGUAGUUUCCCACUCCACCGCUUCGGACGCUUUAUGUCGCUGCUUCUACCCUGGUGUCAAGGUCGCCGAACUCAAGAAACGAUAUUUAAGAUGGAAACUCGCCGAUACCCGACAUGUUCGAGAAACCUGUUCGAGGUGGCAUUCCUGGGCUAGCAGGGAAUACUUUUCUGCCACUAGAAACGGUGUGGUCGUCGACUUUAGCGAUAUCGAAAAUCUGAGGCUACGGUUGGAAGCUUAUAACAAGGAACACGGCGACGAUGAAGAAAUCCGUCAGGUGUUGGCCGGGUCGUCACCUGGGACGAAAAAGAGGAAGGAAAUUACCGGUAUUAAAGAAUACGGUAGACACCUUACUCCUGCUGGACCUGUGGGGGGAGGGGGCGGGGGUGGAGAGGGGAGCAACAACCCUUCUGACGACGAAGCGCUAUUCAUGGAAGAACAUUCAGAAGGAGGAAGCUAUCGGCGCCGACGAAAAGAUAACAACUACGACGGCAAUAACAGUUACCCACCGACCUAUGGGAGAGCCGGCCAGAAGAAAGGGAUCUCAUCCUUUCUAUCUUACUACUUAUUACCCGAGGCGGCAGACUCGAAGGAAUCGUUCAUGUCCGAUCAUUCGCAUCAUAUAAGGGAGGACGUCGAUUGGUCUAUUAUCCAUAAGGAGUUCCUGACCGCUUUCCCAUACUUAAGGUCCGGAGGGGUUACCUUACAUCUUGGUUCGCCGAUGCAUAUUCGAAAUUUAGAAAGCGUUUAUGCCAUGCUAUCUACUUUUGCAGUGGUAUGGGGUGGUUCUCUGCUACGUAAUGGUGGCGGGAUUGUAUUCUGGGAUUUUACAUAUGCAUGGCGAGAGGAUACCGAUGUCUUCGAGAGACUCGUUCAUGACGCCGAAUUGGGAAAGGAGCGGUUCUUGAAGUACUACGACAACCCGGAACGGGAAUAUUGGGGUAUCGAUGAAGCGAAUUGGAUCAUGAAUCCUUAUCAACGACCAUCGAUGGCUAGGAUUCAAAGUAAUCGAAUACAACAAAGGUUUGCACUUUCAAGACGGGUGCAUGAGUUUAUCAUCGAGCAAACAAUUGCGAUUAUUAAGUCCGAUGCUGGGCUGAUUUUAGAUAUUAUCACGGCUGCAGCGGGGAGUUCUAGGAUUCAAGUUCCUGUUAACAUACUCGCUGUCCUGCCGCCAACGAAGUGGGGGUCUUUGAAGACAGCCCUGCAGGCCUGUAAGACGAUAGAGUUUAGAGAUUGGCUGUAUUGUAACGAACAGCAGUUUUCGAGACUUGCAACGCAGUUAUCCGAAUUGGACCACCCGAGUGUUAGUCGGCAGGUAUGGUGGGAUGCGUUGGAUGUUACAUCUCGAGCGUUAAAUUUGGAGGUCGACCUUUUGAUUGAGAAGAUGCAUGAUGAGUUCAAUCGAUUGGAACUCGAGAAGGGGCUUUGGAAUGGGCCGGAGACACAAGUAAAAGAUAUUGAAAUCAGAGGGAGAGGGUGGAUGAGGAAUUCUCAUUAUGCUAGUGGGUUCGUGGGAAAAGGACACGAGAGGAGGUGGUUUGGGGAAGGGUUUGUGAGGAAGUUUGUAUUCGGGCAGGGAAUCGCCGGAUUGGAUAUGCAGUCGACGAGUAGAGGGAUUGAGGGGAUUGAAAAAUUCUUGCUGGCGGAUGGGUGCUGGGCGGCGGAGGUUUCUUUGGGAGCAUCCUUGGUGCUGCUCCAGAAGUCAUUCUCUGCUCACACCCUCAGAACCCUCAAAUAUGCACCAGCGAUUCCUCAGCUAUCAAUGUCCUCCCGUGCACCGGUUCAACCACACGCCUGUCCGCUUCUUGCAAUGUUCCCCAACCUCACCGAUGCAUUCGUAUAUAGCGUUUGCUGCCCUGAAAUCUUUCGUGCAUUCCUCUCGUCCUCUACCGCACCAACUUACCUUGGCAAACUAAUGGCUACUACUGAUUCUACACCUGAAUCUGCAACAGCACUCAAGCUCCCAAGUUACGACAAGAACCUUAAGAGGAAGUGGACUAUUGUUGUUCCACGGGUACACAAAUCUAUCGCAAGGGGGUGUAGGGAUUAUUCGGUUGAGACGACAUUUCAUUUACCCGGUCCCAGUGAUGCAGCGCAACAAGAGGUUCAUGCCGAAUAUCUACUCAAGACGCCGUCAUGGGGCUUAGUCUGGAAUCGGGAGGCUCUAACCGACCUUCUAAGCGCAGCUAGACAAGCUGCUGAUGUGCUAGUUAACAAACCGACCGUUGUCCAUCCAACACCACCCCUCAGCUCAUCCAGUGACAAAAGUGGAACAUGGGACCUUCGAAUUGUAUUCGAAGGAAUGGUGGCAGUCGAAUCCCUCGACUAUGCCUCUGGUGUAAAUAUGCCAAAAUACCUUGGAUUCGAAAGUUAUGACAAUCUUUUCUUCGGAUCGAGGUCAAGAUAUCCACAUGGGAGUUUGGAUAUCAAAGAAACGGUGUUCUAUCCGCUUAGAGAGCCGGCUAGUGUUGAAGUUGUAGCUAAGGUUCUGCAUUCAGGGUACUUGAGGACUGAUGAGAGUGAAGAUGAGGAUGAGGAUGAGGAUGAAGGCGAGGGGAGAAGAAGAGGGGUUGAUGAUGGGAUUCGAAGGGCCUGGAUGGAGGAAGAGGAUUUUUUGGGGGGUGAGAUGGAACAGUAG